UUGCGCGCGCACUCCGUGUAUUUAUUUGGGGCUUUAGAGCUCAGCGGUUCGAAGGGGACGACGAUGAUGGCCACCGGCUAAGAGCGACGUUGUGCCGUUGUGCUUAACGAAUUCUUCAUUUUCAUCCAAAUGCUAAGGAGCCGCGUUGCGUAAUCGAAGUUGCACAAGGGCUUGUUUCCUCCGUUUCUUCGGCUGACGUUUAAGGGCGUAUUAGAGCAAGAUGCCGUGCGAAAUGAUAACCCUGCAAUUGGGCCAGUGUGGCAACCAAAGUAAGCUUUUAUUUUUAAUGGCAUUAAUUAGUCUGUUUGAUUUUUCUAAUUCGCUCUCGGUCACCAACCCGACGCACUUGCUUCCGCUUUCAGUUGGCUUUGAGUUUUGGAAGAGGCUUUGCGCGGAACAUGGUAUAAGCCCGGAAGGGAUUUUAGAAGAUUACGCUACAGAAGGGACUGACAGAAAGGACGUUUUUUUCUAUCAAUCCGACGAUGAACAUUACAUACCUCGAGCCGUGCUGCUGGACUUGGAGCCCAGAGUUAUUCAUACCAUUAUGAAUUCUCCGUAUUCAAAGCUGUAUAAUCCUGAAAAUAUUUAUUUAUCUAAACAUGGCGGUGGUGCUGGAAAUAAUUGGGCAUCUGGCUACCAUCAAGGAGAAAAAUUGCAAGAAGAAAUAUUCGAUAUUCUUGACAGAGAAGCGGAUGGAAGCGACAGCCUCGAGGGCUUUGUCUUGUGCCAUUCUAUAGCCGGUGGUACUGGAUCCGGUAUGGGAUCGUUCAUGUUAGAAUCUUUAGCUGAUAGAUUCCCUAAGAAAUUAAUUGAAACCUACAGCGUAUUUCCAAAUCAAGAUGAAAUAAGCGAUGUCGUUGUACAACCUUACAAUUCAUUGUUAACGCUUAAGAGAUUAACGCAAUGUGCAGAUUGUGUUGUAGUUCUUGAUAAUACUGCAUUAAAUAGAAUAGCUUCCGAUAGAUUGCACAUUCAAAAUCCCAGCUUUACUCAAAUUAAUAAGCUGGUCUCAACAAUUAUGUCAGUGAGCACCACAACUCUUAGAUAUCCAUCGUACAUGAAUAACGAUUUGGUUGGAUUAAUUGCACCGUUAAUUCCAACGCCGAGAUUACAUUUUCUAAUGACGGGUUAUACACCCCUUACCACAGAUCAAGAGGGCGCGUCCGUUCGAAAAACAUCGGUAUUGGAUGUUAUGCGUCGCUUAUUACAACCAAAAAAUAUGAUGGUUUCUACAGCAUUGGAUAGAAAUGCAGCGCAUUGCUAUAUUUCCAUAUUAAAUAUAAUUCAAGGUGAAGUGGAUCCAACGCAAGUACACAAAUCUUUACAAAGAAUAAGGGAAAGAAAACUUGCUCAAUUUAUUCCAUGGGGACCAGCCAGCAUUCAAGUUGCCCUGUCAAGAAAAUCUCCGUACAUUCAAAGCACUCACCGUGUAUCAGGCCUUAUGUUAGCCAAUCAUACGAAUAUUUCUUCGCUAUUUGAUAGAGCUCUACAACAGUACGAUAAACUUAGAAAAAGAGAGGCUUUCUUAGAACAAUUUAGAAAAGAAAAAAUGUUUGAAGAUAAUCUUGAUGAGCUGGAUAACUCACGAGAAGUUGUAGAUUAUUUAGUAAAAGAAUAUCAAGCUGCGACAAGAUCAGAUUAUUUAACAUGGAGCCCAAGUAAAGCAGAUUAAAAUUAUUUAUAUCGAACAAUACUCCAUAUAAUUUGUUUACUGUAAAUCUUUAUGAUUCUGUUUUUCUUCUAUUAUACGUCCAUGACAUUUAUUUCUUUAGAUAUUAA